AUGCCUUCCUCUAUUACCCUCACCGUCAGCCACCUUCCGACGUCGACUUCGUUCUUCCUCUCCGCCCUCCAACCGCUCAACUAUGUCUUUCGCGGCCGACAAGAGCACACGAUUGGGUUUGGCCCCGCCUCUCCACCGAAUACCCCGGCCGACUUUUGGAUCACACAAGAAAUUCCUGGCGUGCCCGCAGGCGCCGCGCACGUGGCUUUCCCUGCCGCAUCUCGGGCACAGGUGCAAGAUUUCUUCCUCGCCGCCCUCAAGGCUGGUGGGAAGAUCCAUGGGGAACCAUGUCAGCGGGACGCCGCGGGAUAUUACUCGGCUGCGGUGAUCGACUUUGAUGGCAAUUCCAUUGAGGCCGUCUACAGACCUGGAUUCGGCAACGAAGUCAACAAGGAAAAUGCGGAUGCGAGAAGCAUGGUGUCUCAUCGGAGUGCGAGCGUGAGAGCACCUUCCACUGUGGCACCUCCCAAAAGUGUCAGAGCACCAUCUCAGGUCGCAUCUCAAGCCGCGUCGUAUAUCUCGAGCCCACCCAAUAUACCUCCAGAAAAUACGCAACCCAAGCCAAAGCCUUCCGGGGAUGUUCUUGGGUCAUUAAUCAACGAGGCUCGCAAUGCCGCCAAUGUCGCCCGCGACCUUGUCAACAGUAUGACACCUAACCUCAUCUCUUCUUCCCCGCCAAAGUCAUCGACAGGUAACAACUCAACAGGCGGUGGCAGUGGUGCAGGGGAAGCCAUUGUUGGCACCCUGCUCGGCGUCGCCGCCGGCGCCGCCCUAACCUACGCCUUCAGCAACCGAUCAAAGGAAGACUCUCGUGACGAUCGUGAAGAGCACAAAUUCGUACCUCCUCCACGCCCUUCCGUCACUGGCCGCAGUGUUACCGAACCUGUCAAAGUGAUGCGUGCGGAAUACUCGACUGCCAAUUCCGAGUAUCAGGGGGCUUACGAGGGAAUGGGUUAUCGGGCCAUUGAGCCGGCCCCUUCGGCAUAUACGUACACUCCCCAUGAACCCGGUGAGCAAAAACUCAUCACCAUGUACGAUCACGAUCCUCCGGCACCCACUGUUCAGACCUUUCCCGACGCUGCAUCCACAAUCUGCCCUGCUUCGGUGACGAGGAGAGUGAGCAUGGAUUCCGGAGUCGGCCUUGGGGUUGUCCAGCGCGAUUUUGAUGUCGCGUCGCAUGCUUCGUCGAAAGCGUCACGGCAGUCGAAAAAGAGCACAAACGCGCCACCGCCGACGAGUUACCGAGCCCCGACUGCACUGACGGUGAAAUCGAAAGUUUCUGCUGCGUCCGGUGGCGGCCGUUCGAGAUCCCGCGCGAGCAGUUUAGGUCGUCUUGGGAGAAGUCUCACGGGUCGUUCGUCGGCGGACCAGCCGAAGUCAAGAUCACAGUCUCGACACAGCACGAGGUCGAGAAGGAGUCGGCGUGAUGAGUUUGAGGAUAACGCGCCGGAGAAAAGAGAGGAGGAGGAAGAAGAGGAAGAAGAGGCAAGGACGGUGCUCCAUGUGACGGAGACGACACACCGGUCUUCAAGCCGUGUGUCUUCACACCACUCACAUAGAGAAUCAAAGGUAGCGAGUCACGUUUCUGUACAUCAGUCCCAGGCUGGGUCUAGGGCACCAAGCCAUGUCUCCGCAAACCAGUCACAAGCAGCAGGAUCCAAGGCGCCGAGUCAUGUCUCCGUUCGCGAAGCCCAAGCAGGGUCGAAAGCACCAAGUCACGUGUCGGUUCACGAGCCCCGGGCAGGAUCGAAAGCACCGAGUCACGUUUCGGCUCAUGAGUCCCAGGCAGGAACCAAGGCGCCGAGUCAUGUCUCUGCGCACCAGUCGCAAGCAGGAUCCAAGGCAGCAAGUUACGUCUCCGGUCACGACUCCCAGGUGACAAUAAAGCCAGCAAGUCGAGCCAGUUCAAGGCAUAGUCGAAGAGACCCGGCGGAGUAUCCGCUUCCGCCAUCCCGUGCGGGAACAUGGGCUGGUUCCGACGUCGGCAAGGCCAGCUUCGUGUCGGCGAGGUCGAACUUUGGUCUUUCCGGGCCAAGGACGAUUAUCGGCAAACUCAAUCCUCUGCGCGAUGGAGGAGAGAUGAUCGAGGAGGAUGACAAAAUGGAGACAGCGAGCAUGGUUUCUAAACAGAAGGAGUUGGCUAAAUUAGAUGUCACGGAUCGAGAGGUCAGGCCCGAGGAUAGUGUGAGCCAGAUCUCGGUGGAAAGCCGGAGGAGCAGGAGGAGUAAAGCGAGCAGUAGGAGAUAA